CUGUCCUCCCCGCCGUCCAGCCACUGCUCGCGUCUGCACCGCCCCUUUCAUCUGUGUUCUUCCGUCUCUUCUAUUCCUCUCUGUCGCCUACGUCACUUCUGUUCUGAGCUGCCCUUUUGCCGUCGCAUCUGCCGUUGUCUCCUCUCUUGCCGCCGGCGCCGACGGGUUCUGAUUUGCCGUUGAGCUUAUCUUCUCUGGUCAAGGAGUGUUUUUUGGAAGCAGAAGCAGCGUAGAAAGCUUGUGAGGAGCCAACUCUUAUUAUCAAUAGUUUUGGGUGUAGAUCCAAUUUCAGUAUGGCUUCAUUUGGAUUAUACCAAACGAGAAAGAAAACAUUGUAAUUUUGUGCAUCUGAGGGCUUAACAAGAAGAUUCCCCCUAUUGAGCGCGAACAGAGGCGCUUGUUCACGUCAACCGCAGAACCCCGUUCUUUCCAAAGAGCAGCGAGUUGUGUUGUCUGCAAUUGCAGUUUCAACACUUCCAGGAGACGGGAUCACUGUCGAUCCUGUGGGAGAACUUUGUGGAACGAACAUUCAUCAAAUCAAAUGGCUUUUACAUUAUUCUUUUCAAAGUCAAUUUUGGAUCUUCUUCUGUGAUCGUCCUCCUGGUACAGUCCCCAGUCUCAAUCCUCCAGGAAGGAGGAUCUGCAAUCCAAUGCAUGGGUACAGUCGCUUGGGUGGAGGAGCACGUUCCAGCAGCUCGCCGCCACCGUCCCCACGUUUCCGCCAUGGCCGGAGCAAGGGCAGCAGCUGCAGCAGAGGUUCAUCAAAGGAGGACACUAAUUCGAUGGAGAAAUUGGCCUUUCUUCUCAUGUCGGCAGUUUUCAGAAGGAGAGGGUUGCUUUUGUUUGCGCCCUUGUUGUAUAUUUCGGGGAUGUUGCUGUACAUGGGUUCUUUGAGCUUUGAUGUUGUGAGUAUAAAAGAUGGUGUUGUUGUUGUGCACAAGCGUGCUCCUCCCGGUUCAGUUUAUAGAAGUCCUCAGGUCUUUGAAAAGCUAUGGCCUUUCAUGGUGGAUGAGGGUGCUCAAGCCAAUGCUAAUGCCACUGGAAAUGCGUUGAUGAAAUCAUGGAAUCUAAAGGAGCAUAAAGGGUGGAAGCCUUGUGCUAACAAAAGUGUUCCUCAAACAGAAUUGCCAAAGUCAAAUGGGUUCCUUAUAAUUGAAGCAAACGGUGGCUUGAAUCAGCAACGCCUUUCGAUAUGUGAUGCUGUUGCUGUUGCUGGACUACUAAAUGCAACUCUUGUUAUUCCAAUAUUUCAUUUAAACAGUGUGUGGCGAGACAAAAGCAACUUUGGUGACAUUUUUGAUGAAGAUUUCUUCAUAGAAACACUUGGAAAUCGUGUGCAUGUGGUAAGAGAGCUCCCAAGUGACAUACUUCAGAGGUUCAAUAAUAACAUAAGUAAUAUUGUCAAUCUUAGAGUUAAAGCUUGGUCUAGUCCUGCUCACUAUCUUCAGAAGGUGCUUCCUCAACUAUUAGAAAUGGGAGCUAUUCGCAUUGCACCUUUCUCCAACAGAUUAGCUCAGGAUGUACCCUCAAAAAUUCAAGAGCUUAGGUGCUUUGCCAAUUUUGGAGCUCUCAGAUUUUCAGAAUCUAUAAGAACACUUGCAGAAAGCAUGGUUAAUCGGAUGGUUGAACAUAGCUCCCACAGUGGAGGGAAAUAUGUUUCUGUGCAUCUUCGAUUUGAGGAGGAUAUGGUUGCAUUUUCAUGCUGUGAGUAUGACGGUGGGGAGGAGGAGAAGCAUGAAAUGGAUAUUGCUCGCGAAAGGAGUUGGCGAGGCAAAUUCAGGAGAAGACAUAGGGUAAUAAAGCCUGGUGUAAAUCGGGUUGAUGGAAGAUGCCCAUUGACUCCUUUGGAGGUGGGAAUGAUGCUUAGAGGAAUGGGUUAUGAUAAUACAACCUCCGUAUAUGUUGCAGCAGGAAAGAUAUAUAAAGCACAGAAGUACAUGGCACCACUCAGACAGAUGUUUCCACGAUUACAAACCAAGAAUACACUGGCUACUCCAGAAGAGCUUGCUCAAUUCAUGGGCUACUCUUCUAGGUUGGCUGCUCUUGAUUAUACCGUUUGCCUACACAGUGAAGUCUUUGUUACAACCCAGGGUGGAAAUUUUCCACACUUCUUGAUGGGUCACAGACGCUAUAUAUAUGGAGGACAUGCAAAGACAAUUAAACCUGAUAAGCGAAAAUUGGCUCUACUAUUCGAUAAUCCUAACAUAAGGUGGGAAGUUUUCAAACAACAAAUGAAAGACAUGCUUCAUCACAGUGAUCAAAAGGGCAUCGAGUUGAAAAAGCCUGGUGCUUCUCUUUAUACGUUUCCCAUGCCAGAUUGCAUGUGUAAACAGGAAGAAGCAAGAAGUAGAAAUUGUAGCUCUAGGAAAUGUAUGAUGUUUUGAGUGUAAAUAUAUGGCCUUUUAGGAAUACGUUCAAUACCUGUAAUUUAUUUUUUUUAUAAUUUAGUUCGAUUUUCUUUUUUCUUUUAAAAUAUGGUAGAGUUAUUUUAAGUAAAAGCUUAUAAAAAGUCCACAAAUUAAGUGUUAAUUGUUAUUUUCAUUUAAGUGCAACAAAUGGCACUUAAGUGUACACUAAAUAAUUGUAAACCUGCACAGACACGUUAGAUUGCAUCAUGAAUUAUUCUUGGAUCCCUGCUGACCGCUGAGUUUAGCAUGGCAAUUUAAUUGCGUGAAGGCUAUAUUGAAGGCUUAUAA